AUGGCGCCAUCACGGGCCAGCCAUCCACGAUGGUCACUCUUGAUUAUCGCCAUCGUCUCUUUUUUCACCGUGCCAGCAGUCAUGGUUAAACAUGAAAACUUCAAGACGUGCUCGCAAUCUGGCUUCUGUCAGCGUAACAGAAACUAUGCAGACAAUGCAGCCAGCCAGGCCUCCGCAUGGACCUCUCCUUUCAACCUUGAAGCCGGCUCUUUAACGUUCUCGGAUGGUCAAUUACUUGGAACUGUAAUCAAGACUUUGGAAAGUAACGAGAAAGUUCGGUUUCCGUUGGUAGCAUCGUUUUUGGAGUCUGGGGUUGCACGCAUCACAAUCGACGAGGAACGACGAAUGAAAGGAGACAUAAAACUACGCCGUGACAGCACUGUUAGGAAGGAACGCUAUAAUGAAGCUUCAAAAUGGGCAAUUACUGGUGAUAUGAAGCUUAGCUCGUCGGCUGAGCUCAACACCGACGAGACCUCGGGUAUCACCAAGAUCAAGUACGGGCCAGAUAUGAAAUUUGAGGCUGUCAUCAAGCACUCUCCCUUUGAAGUUUACUUCCAGAGGGAUGGCCAGACUCAGAUUCAGCUUAACUCCAAGGGUCUUCUCAACAUCGAGGAAUGGAGGCCCAGAAAUGACGUCGUUGAAUCCAAAUCCGAGCAAAAGACAGAGAGUGAGAAUACUGUGGACGAUAGUACCUGGUGGGAUGAGACUUUUGGAGGGAACACUGAUUCUAAACCGAGAGGGCCAGAGAGCGUAGGCCUAGAUAUCAGUUUCCCCGGCUACGAGCAUGUUUUUGGAAUACCGGAACAUGCAGACUCCAUGUCACUAAAGCAAACAAGGGGCGGUGAGGGGCAACAUACAGAGCCAUACCGAAUGUACAACUCAGACGUCUUUGAGUAUGAGCUGAAUAGCCCAAUGACGCUCUAUGGAUCAAUUCCUUUCAUGCAAGCUCACCGUAAGGAUUCCACAGUUGGUGUUUUCUGGCUUAAUGCCGCUGAAACAUGGGUUGAUAUUGUUAAAUCGACAAUCUCUCCCAACCCAAUGUCUAUCGGUGUAGAGGCAGAAACCACCACUGAAACUCAUUGGUUUUCGGAGAGUGGGCAGCUGGACGUCUUUGUUUUCCUGGGCCCAACUCCCGACACUAUUUCAAAGACCUAUGGCGAACUUACCGGGUUUACCCAACUCCCACAGCAAUUUGCCAUCGCUUACCACCAAUGUCGCUGGAACUACGUGACGGAUGAGGACGUGAAAGAUGUGGACCGUAAGUUUGAUAUGUACCAGAUACCGUAUGAUAUUAUCUGGCUUGAUAUCGAAUACACCGAUGGGAAGAAAUAUUUCACUUGGGAUCCCCACACCUUCCCUAACCCAAUUAGUAUGCAGAAACAGCUUGAUGCCUCCAAACGCAAACUGGUGUACAUCAUUGAUCCGCAUAUUAAAAAUGAGGCAAAUUAUCCAAUCGUUGACGAAAUGAAGAAGAAGGAUCUCGCUGUUCUGACCAAGAACAGGGAAAUUUAUGAAGGAUGGUGUUGGCCUGGAUCAUCUCACUGGGUGGACUGCUUCAAACCAGCUGCUGUAGAAUGGUGGGCCAAUCUCUUCAAAUAUGAGAACUUCAAGGGGACUGCCUCCAAUUCGUGGCUCUGGAACGAUAUGAAUGAGCCGUCUGUGUUCAAUGGACCCGAGACAACCAUGCCAAAGGAUAACAUCCAUCACGGGAACUGGGAGCAUCGGGAUGUCCAUAACAUCAAUGGAUUGACAUUCGUCAAUGCCACAUACAAUGCACUGAUUGAGCGCAAGAAGGGAGAGAUUAGACGGCCAUUCGUUCUCACUCGCUCUUUCUACGCCGGAUCCCAGCGCAUGGGUGCUAUGUGGACUGGUGACAACCAGGCAAACUGGGAGCACCUAGCCGCGUCAUUCCCUAUGAUUCUUAACAAUGGUAUUGCCGGUUUCCCCUUUGCCGGAGCAGACGUCGGAGGGUUCUUCGGAAAUCCAAGCAAGGAACUCCUUACCAGAUGGUACCAGGCAGGCGCCUUUUACCCCUUCUUCCGUGCUCAUGCACACAUCGACACCCGUAGAAGGGAGCCCUAUAUGGUCGGUGAACCAUAUCGAAAUAUCAUCUCACAGGCACUCCGAGUCCGAUAUCAACUUUUACCCGCCUGGUAUACCGAAUUCCACCGUGCUUCCGUCAACGGUUCCCCAAUCGUCCGGCCUCAGUAUUAUGUCCACCCAUCGGAUGAACAGGGUUUCGCCAUAGAUGAUCAGCUUUACCUCGGCCGGACGGGGCUUCUUGUCAAGCCAGUUGUCACUGAAGGCUCUACGAGCGUUGAUAUCUACAUAUCCGAUGAAGAGAAGUACUACGACUACUUUGACUUUACCAUUUACCAGGGAGCUAGGAAGAAGCAUACUGUCAAUGCUCCCUUGGAGAAGCUUCCUAUUCUCAUGCAAGGCGGCCACAUCAUUCCCAGAAAGGACAGGCCACGACGAAGCAGCGGCCUGAUGAAAUACGAUCCGUAUACACUUAUUGUUGUCCUCGACAGCAAGGGUCAAGCGGAAGGAGAGCUGUAUGUUGAUGACGGUGAAACCUUCGACUACAAGCAAGGAGCAUACAUCCACCGCCAAUUUGUUUUCUCAGGCACCACGCUCUCUUCCAACGACCAAGCUACCAUUGGUGCCAAAACGAACCAAUAUCUUAAGACCAUGGCCGAAGUACAGGUUGAGAAGAUUGUUCUUGUCGGUAUCCCUAGCGACUGGAAAGGUAAAGGUAGUGUUUUGGUACUAGAAGACGGCGCAAAAUCGGGUGUCAAAGCCAGCUUGGACUGGCAUGACGCAGAGGAUGGCAAGGCAGCGUAUGCGAUCGUGAAGAAACCCGGGGUUUCAAUCACCAAAUCAUGGAAGAUUGACUUUGCUUAG